UUAACUUCAACUUUAUUUCGCAACAUCGACUCUAGCUUAGCUUGUUCAGAAUGUCGAAGAUUGUUUCUCACAACAGCAUCAAAGCCCCAGUAUAGAUCAAAAUAUAGACCCCUCAUUGCCGCACAACUUGCUCGAAGUUUAUGCUCAAAAAAGCCUUCCAAUGAAGAUAUUUCUCCCUCUGGAGAGAAGAAUAACAGUGUUGCAGAAAAGAAGAAUGGUUCUCCAGAAAAUCUAACUUCAGAUGGCAGAGAUACCAUUGUAAAAGUUAUUCCACGGAUGACAAAGGGGCGGAAGAAAAUUGAUCCUGAUGAAGAA